UUUGGUAGCUCUCUCUUCUUUCCUUCUCCUCUCCGAUUUUGCGCCCUUUUGGGGCUACAAUCAUCUAGAUCUUAGUCACAUCACCGGGCAUCGGAGGAAGAGAAAUUUAAAAAAGCGAAGAGGAAAAAACAAAAAGAAAGAAAAGAAAAGAAAGCCUUAAAAAAUCAGAAAAUGAUCGGGAAAGUUGUAGUUUCAGGGAUUUCCCUGAUUCUUGUUGUAGGUGUUGUCAUCGGAGUUGUUGCCUCCGUUCACCGUGGUGAAUCGAAGAACUCCGAAGAAAUAACACCACAAAUGAAGGCUGUUACCCAAAUAUGCCAACCUACUAAUUACAAGGAGGUUUGCACCAAAACUCUAAGUACAGCUAACAGCACCGAUCCGAAAGAAUUGAUCAAGGCAGGAAUUUUAGCCAUUUCAGAUUCCUUGUCGAAAUCAAUGAACUUAAGUGAGGGGCUUGUGAAAGAGGCUGGGAAUGAGCCUCGUUCAAAGCUGGCACUUGAAGAUUGUAAGAUACUGCUUAAUAAUGCUUCUCAGGAACUUCAAGAUAUAAUCACAAAAAUGUCUGACAGUGACGUGAAAAACAUUACUGCCCAGUCUGAUGAUUUUCGGAUUUGGUUGAGUUCUAUCAUUGCCUACCAAGAAUUGUGCAUUGAUGGUUUUGACCAUGACAAUGACCUCAAGGCUCAAGUACGGAACAGUACAAAUUAUGGCAAUGAACUUACAGACAAUGUCCUGACCAUUCUCGCUGGGAUUUCAGAUAUCCUGAAAUCUUUCGGUCUCCAAUUAGACCUUCCGGGUGGUACUUCGCGCAAGCUUCUUGGUGCUGGUGGUUAUCCUACUUGGGUAUCUGGUUCUGAUCGUCGGCUUCUGCAAAUCCGAAAUGCUGGGGGGGUUACACCAAAUGCAGUUGUAGCUUUAGAUGGAAGUGGUAAAUUCAAGUCCAUUAAUGCAGCUAUUAACUCAUGCCCAAAAGACUUCAAGGGCAGAUUUGUUAUUUAUGUCAAGGAAGGACUUUACAAUGAGGCUGUUGUGAUACCAAAGAACAGUCCUAGUAUUUUGAUGUACGGUGAUGGACCUAGGAAGUCCAUUAUCACUGGAAAAAAGAGCUUCGCUAGCGGAGUAAACACCUGGAACACCGCUUCAUUCGUUGUUGAAUCUGAUGGGUUUAUUGCAAAAGGAAUGGGAUUCCAGAACACUGCAGGACCCGAUGGUCACCAAGCUGUUGCUAUCCGAGUAAAUUCGGAUAUGUCAAUAUUCUAUAACUGUAGAAUGGAUGGAUAUCAAGAUACAUUGUUAUACCAAGCCAAACGACAAUUCUACAGAAACUGUGUCAUUUCAGGAACUAUUGAUUUCCUUUUCGGAUACGGAGCAGCUGUGAUUCAGAACUCCUUGAUCAUUGUCAGGAAACCGAACCCGAAUCAAUUCAAUACAGUUACAGCUGAUGGGAAGAAAACGAAAGGAGAAAACACUGGACUUGUUAUCCACAACUGCAGAAUUGUACCUGAAGAGAAGCUGGUGCCAACAAGACUUACUACCAGGACUUAUUUAGGCAGGCCCUGGAAAGAAUUUUCAACAACUGUUGUCAUGGAAACACAAUUGGGAGAUUUGAUUCAACCUGAAGGGUGGAUGCCAUGGGCUGGGACACUGUUUCUUGAUACUUUGUAUUAUGCAGAAUAUGCAAAUAGUGGACCAGGUGCAAAUACUGCUCGUAGGGUUAAGUGGAAGACAUUUCAUUUAUUGAAUCAGGCUGAAGCUCAGAAAUUCACCGUCGGAGCAUUCCUUCCCGGCGCCGCCCAAUGGGUUGGAGGAGCUCAAGUUCCUUUCUUGGCUGGAUUCAAGUGAUGAUCCACAUAAGGCAAGGAUUAGGAGAAUAACAUAUACACAAAAUCAUUAAUAAAGAUUAAGCCAACAUCUGCUUGGAUACUUGGAAAAUUAGCUAGGGCUUAUUUUCUGUUCUUUCAAGUUCAUUCUUUCUUCGUUUGGAUCAUAUUUUAUUGUAUUUCAUUUGAUUUUGUUGAAUAAAGAGAUAAAAAUAAAUAUUUGAUGCUUUAAUUUUA